AUGCAUUGGAGACACGUUGCUUUCCUUGUAAUCAAGCAUAUCCUUUCAAUUGUCUUACAGUAUGCGGAACUCAAGCCAGUACCUUGCUUGACUUAUUUAGAGGCCCAAACAUUAAGGGAGACAUGUGCCACUCCGGUCCUUAAGCAGGUUAGGAGUGAUGUUACAAGAUACCGUUAUGGGGACGAGCAGCAUUUGGAUGAGGCACUUAAACGAAUUUUCCAGUAUGGCCUGGGUGGAGGAAUCCCACGGAGAAGUGCACCUAUUCUACAAAUGAUCCGUGAGGAGAUCACGGAUGAUGGUAAAUACUGUCUAGUGCUUGCGUUUGAGGCUAAGGCUUUAUAUUUAGGUUAA